AUGGCACAAAAGCGUCUUCCGUUAUAUUCAGAAAUCAACAGCUUAUCCCCUAUCGAUCAACUUCCAGCAGAGAUAAAGACGGAGAUAUUCUACAAUGCCCUAGGCUCACUGGUUAAUACGGAAUGGCGGGGAAUAUACUCGGAAUGGGAAGGAAUGUAUCCCUUUUUUCUCGGCAAAAUUUGUCGGAGUUGGAGAGAUUUCGUUUGGUCGACUCCAAUUCUUUGGUCUACUCUGCACCUCUGUCUAUCGGAAGAUAGAUAUGAAGCUCAAAUUGAUCUUCUCCACGAUUGGCUGUCAAGGAUUUCAAAUCAUCCCAUUUCCUUUUGUCUCGACUAUGAGGAGUUGCCGGACGAUUGGGACUUUCAUUCGCCGACAGAAGUUUUGACCACACUUGCGUCCAUCUCGUCGCAAUGGAAAGAUAUCGAACUCCUGCUCCCCGACAUCAAAGCUUGUUUUGACGCCAUUUCCACCACCGGAAAGCCCCUACCCCUUCUCACCACUGCCACUAUUCGUUUUCAUCCAACAAGUUUCAACCCAGAACUUCAGUUAAAUCUAUCAAUGACCCCACAGCUCACAGUACUCCAUCUCAGCAAUCCCUAUCUGUCUAAGGUUCUAGUCCCAUGGCACCAAUUGCGGGAGUUUCUCGCAGAGGGCUGUACCGUAGAUGAGAUUCGCAUAUUUUUCCACAAUGCACCUCAAAUAAUUCACUGCACCUUCAAAGAGAUUAACUCAGUGAUUAUGGACCAUUCGCUGAACCUAGAUUUGUUCCACCCCGUGGUGUUGGAACAUCUGGAAUGUCUUAAACUCUGGUUCAGUUUCCUAGAUGAGAGUGCAAAUUGGAUUUUGGGGCCAGCCAAACUUCCUUCCUUACGUGAAGUCUCCCUCCAUGGUCCAUUCGCAUCCUCGGCGGCCAUUCUGCUUCGAAUCAUGCAAGCAUUCUGUUCCUCACAACUUCUAGAAAAUUUUGCUCUCAGUUAUGAAGUACCCUCUGAAAUCAUUUUGAUCCAGGUUCUGGAACUUGUACCAUCAAUAACAGCUUUACGCCUUCGCCUCACCAAACACGCCGGCAACUUUUUCUUGUCGGAAGCACUAUUCCAACGUCUCUAUUGCCCUCACAAUAUUCUUCUGCCGAAUCUGCAAAACUUCUCGUACCAUGGUCCCAUUUCACUCACUGAACACAUGGACCUGUUCCGAGAUGUCCUUGUAUAUAGAUUCCGGCAGUGCACUUCGCCACCUAAAGAAGUGGGCUCCGAACAAAAGACUGUAUCCCAAAUCCAGUCAGUGACUGUGGACACUUCGUCUCAACUCGUCAUCAGCCCGGAUAUACAGGAAGAACUAGACGGCCUUAGACGAGACGGCCUUGACCUUUCGGUGACAUCGCACUUUGUAGAAUCAAGAAAUUUCCAUGAGCUCUGA